AUGUCGACCACCGAGGAAUACAAGCGCAGAGGAUACAACGGCGAUCAGGAGCCCGACCUCGAAAAGCAAGAGCAACAGCAGCAAACACCACCACAACAACAACAACCGCAACGACAGCAACAGGACAAUGGCAACAAUCAACCAGACCAACAACAUAAACAUCUACCCAACCCUCCCGAAAGUGCCAGUUUCAGGGACAGGAUUGCUCACUUUACAUGGCCAUGGUUCGCGUGUACAAUGUCCACCGGAGCAAUGGCGGUCGUACUAGGGAACACGCCAAACAAGUUCGAUGGCCUCCAAACGAUUGGUAGCAUCUUCUUCAUCCUCGACCUAGUCCUCUUUGUCACAUUCAGCAUCUUGAUGAGCUUGCGAGCAUUCUGGUAUCCACGAAGAUUCCUGGCCUCGUUGCAUCACCCCACCGAAGGACUGUUCUUUGGAUCCUACUGGGUCUCAGUGGCGCUCAUACUGAACGCCACGCAGUCUUAUGGUGUUCCAAAGUGCGGCCCAUGGCUCGUAGAGGCGCUGAGGGUCUUGUUUUGGAUGUACUGCGCCAUCGUUUUGGUCGUCGGCGUCGGACAAUACUAUGUGCUUUUCCAGAAGGAGCGCUUAAAGAUUACGGAUGCGAUCCCCGCCUGGAUUUUCCCAAUCUACCCGCUGCUUGUAGUUGGAACCAUGGCGGGAACCAUGAUUCCUUCUCAGCCAGACGACUCCAAGUUCCGUAUGUGGAUUGCCGGCGUGGCGCUGCAAGGCCUGUCGUGGACAGUUGCCCUCAUGAUGUACACCUUGUAUACUCAAAGGUUGAUGACGAGCUCACUGCCAGCGGCGCCGACGCGGCCUGGAAUGUACGUAUCGGUGGGCCCAGCAGGCUACACGAGUGCCGGACUUAUUUCUCUCGGCACGCAAGCUUCCAGUGUGCUGCCCGAAAACACAUUCAACGUCAGCAACCUUCCCGACGGCGAUAUUAUACGGGUGGUAGGGAUAGUUAGCGGUCUCUUCAUCAUAAUCUUUGCCUUUUGGUUCUUCUGUAUAACAACCAUCGCCGUCAUAGCUGGAAGCCGAGAGAUGCACUUUACACUCAACUGGUGGGCUUUUAUCUUCCCAAACGCCGGCCUCACUCUUGCAACCAUUCAGAUUGGUUCCGCAUUGUCCAGCGAGGCCAUCAACGGUAUAGCAAGCGCCGAGACUAUCAUCCUUGUGAUUUUCUGGUUCCUCACUGCCAUCUUUAAUAUACGUGCGGUGUGGCAGGGCAAGGUCAUGUGGCCUGGAAAGGACGAUGACAAAGAUAUGUGGAAUCUGGGCUGGGGGAAGUUGAGUGCCUAA